AUGCGUUCAUAUUCUGCGUUGGUAUUAACAUUAAAUUGUGGUGGUACUCGUAAUCUUCUCAAUGCUUUACGAUCAAUAUAUGAAAAUGAAGAAGAACGUAAACAUCAUUUAUAUCCUGAAGGAAUUUAUUUAUUAACCAGUGGUAUACCAGAUCAAUCUCUUGAAGUAUGUUGUGCAUAUGUUGAAGAAUGUAAUGUUGGUAAAUCAAUAUAUUUACAUACAAUAUUAUUUAAUAUUGAUGAUUAUUAUUUAUCUGAACAUGGUAUACAAAGUAAUAUAUCUAUGAGUGUAAAUGGUCGAUGGGCAAAUGCAACUAAAACAGCUGAAUUUAUGCGUGCAUUAGCUAAACAUUCAGGUGGAAGAUUUUUAUGGUUUCGUGAAACAGGUAUUAUUGAAAGUGAUGAUAUUAAAUUAUUACAAAAUGAAAUUGAUAAAGCAUGUCAAUUUUCUGAACAAGCAGCAAAUCUUGUUGAAAUAAUUAAAUCAAAACGACGUGUACGUGAAACAAUUAAUUUAAAUCAAAAAAUAUUAUCUAUUGAACAAACAGAAAAAAAUUCAGGACCAUUAGUUGUUCGUCAAACAUUAUUAAGUGCUGCUAGACAAAAUAUAUUCAAUUCAAGUACUAAUACAGAUGAACAACAUUGGAGACCAACAAGUACAAAUACUAAUAGAACAUUAAUACCAGAAUGGCCUGAUGAUAAAAUUCAUCAAGAUAUAACACAUUCAAGAAAAAAAAAACAAACAACAUUAAAACAAGAAUCAUUUUAUUUGGAUAGUCAAAAUAAUACAAAAUUUUCAAUUAUUAAAAAUGAUUCAUUAAAUACAUCAACAACAGGUAAUAAAUCAAUAAGAAAAUAUUCACCAGGAAAUUUAUUACUUAUACCAACGAAUGAUGAAAAUGAAACAUCACAAACAUGGUUAAGAAAAUAUUCACUUAUUCGAUUAAAACUUGAUCUUCAUAAAAUGGUAUCAGGACCAGAAUGCCGUCAUGAUACAAUUACAGUUCCAAAUAUAAAAUUAACAUCAUCAGCUCGUUAUUGUUCUGUAUUUCCAUCGAUAAAUAUAAAAGGUAGUAUUCGUCAUUUACAAUUACGUCCACGUGAAUUAGAUGAUUAUCGUCAACGAUGUGAAUCUGUCUUACGUCGUUAUUUUAAACGUAUGCAAUGGUUAUUAAAUGGAAGUCGUUUAAUAUUUUCAACUAUAAUUCAUAAACAUAUACUUAUACUUGUUGAUACAAGUGGUUCAAUGGAAUCUUAUAUAGAUUAUUUAAAAAAAGAAUUAGCUACACUUGUAUGGGAACAAUUAUUUACUUAUCAAAUACAAUUUAAUUUUAUUCAAUUUAAUGAUAAUUAUCAAAUAUGGCGUGAUAAUCUUGUUUUACCAACAGAAGAUAAUUGUCAUGAAGCUAUUGCAUGGAUAAGUACAUUAAAAGCUAAUGGUAAUACAUGUAGUGAACAUGUAUUAAAAUUUGCAUUUGAUUUUCAUCAUAGUAAACAACCAAUUGAUAGUAUUUAUUAUAUAAGCGAUGGUAAACCAGAUCAUAGUACAAGUUAUUUAUUAGAACAAGUACGUUUAAUGAAUACAAUACAUACAAAUACAACAGAUACAAAACGUCUAUCAAUAAAUACAAUAUCAUUUUGUUGUCAAGAUAUAGAUGCAAAUAAUUUUCUUAAACAUUUAGCACAUGAUAAUAAUGGACGUUAUCAUCGUUCAACAAAUAAUUCACGUGAUAUACAUUUAUUUAUGCAUCGUUUACAACAAGAUAAAACAUAUGAUUUAGAACUUGAUGAAAGUUUAUUACCGGAACUUGAAAGUGAUGAUAUUAAACGUUUAUUAAAAGAAAUUGUUAAAGCAAGACUUUAUUUAAAACAAGCUAUUACAUUUCGUUCACUUUAUAAUCAACAACAAGAUUCAACAAAAGAAACAACAAAUAAAGGACAACAGCAACAACAACAACAACAAGAUGAUAGUAUUCUUGUUGGACCAGCUCGUGUACCAAUGUCUGAAGCAUGGUUUAAUAGAAAAUCAACAAGUUUAUAUACAUAA